GGGCGGAGGCAGCCCCGCUGCCCAGCAAAUGGCUGCGCGAGGGCAGCGGGAGGACUCGCGCCGGGGGCAGCGCGCGGGCCCCCGCCCCUCAUAAAGGCAUCUGGGCCGGGCCGGGCGCGGGCCGCACCCGAGGCUUUGUCCGUGCGCGGCGGCGGCAGACGCGACCCCCGGCUCGCAGGGGGGAGUGGCCCGUGGCCAAUGCAGUCGGUCCGGGCGCGUGUCUCGCAGGCACGCUAGAGCCUCCGGAGACUCAGGCUUUGUCCCCUGCUAAUGAGCGCGCUGCUGCGGGGGCUGAAGGGAGCGUGACUUUGUAAUUCCCUUCCUGCGUCUCCAGCCGCAGGGAAGAGGCUAAUUACCAGCUGGGGAUUUGUCAACUCAGCCCAGGCCUGCUGGGCGCCCGGGAGACGGGCCGGGGUUGUUGCGGCCACUGCCCUUAUCCCACACACCAGCAAUAGCCUAGCCUUCUGGCUUGAAAGGAUGGCUGCAGAUCAGGCAUUUGUGACCCUUGGAACUGAUGAUGAUUAUUGCCAAGGAGCUCUGGUUCUUGGGCAGUCCUUGAGGAAUCACAAGACCUCUAGAAAGCUGGCUGUACUAAUUACACCACAGGUCUCCAGUGCGAUGAGGGCUGUCCUCUGCAGUGUGUUUGAUGAAGUGAUUGAAGUGGAUGCAAUUGACAGUGCUGACUCAAUGCACUUGGCUCUGCUGGAGAGGCCAGAGCUGGGUGUAACCUUCACCAAACUUCACUGUUGGACUCUCACUCAAUAUAGCAAAUGUGUCUUUAUGGAUGCAGACACUUUGGUGUUAUGUAACAUUGAUGAACUGUUUGAUCGGGAAGAGCUUUCAGCAGCUCCUGAUUCUGGAUGGCCAGAUUGCUUUAAUAGUGGUGUAUUUGUCUUUCGACCUUCUGUAGAAACUUAUAACCAUCUGCUGCAAUUUGCUACUGAACAUGGCAGCUUUGAUGGUGGUGAUCAAGGCUUAUUAAAUAGUUUCUUCAGUAACUGGGCAACAACAGAUAUUGGCAAACAUUUACCGUUUAUCUACAAUUUAAGCAGUAGUGUUAUCUACACGUAUGUUCCUGCUUUCAAACAUUUUGGCAGAGAUGCAAAGGUAGUUCAUUUUUUGGGGCCAGCAAAGCCCUGGCACUACAAGUACAACUCUCAAACAAGAACAGUUAUACAGGAUGACUCCACCUCAGGAUCUCAGCAUCAGUUCUCAUUUCUUGUACUCUGGUGGAAGAUAUACUAUGCUAACGUAUUGCCUUUGUUAGAAAAACUUCCAGAGGCGGAAGACACAGAAUCCCAGGGACAAACGCACAUUUUCAAUGGAGAUGAAAUUAGACCAAAAAAUGAGAAUCCUCUGAUCAAUUCUCUGCAAAUCCCUGUGUUUCCAGAACAGAUAUCUGAAAUGGACAUCACUACUUGUCCACCGGAAGAGUUUGAUACUAAAACACCACCUGUACCUCAAGUUGAACAACCCAGUUCUGAAGUCAGUCUCCCUGAGCCAGACCAGCCAUUCGAACAGCUUGCCUUUCAUCCUGCCCCUCAGCAAACCUUGGAACUGGAUGAGUCUACCCAUCAUAUUUCUGAGCUGUCCACUCCGCUCAAACCAGAAGAGCCAAAUGCAGAAGAUGAACGGAAGAAGUGGGAGGAAGGUCGCAUGGACUACAUGGGGAAGGAUGCUUUUGAACAUAUUAAAAAGAAAUUGGAUACAUUUUUAAAGUAGACUUAAUUGUAAUGCAAUAUAUUGACCAGCCACUGUUUGCGUUUAUGGUGUACAUGCAACCCCUGGGAUGUUUUGUUAUCUUCCUUUGAUAUUGAAGUUAAAAUGGACCUCCUCUAUUUUAAGAAAAAAAAUUGCAAACAUAGCACCACUAACUUUUUAACUCUGGUGUGUGCCUCAUAUUGAUUGUUGACCAAUAGUGCCUCAUGAAGUAGUAGUGCAGAAAUUGUGACAUCUCCACUUGACAUCCCUGCAUUAAGGAAAAAGUCCUAUAGUAUUCUGCAGUAAUAUCCAAAAUAUUAGAACUGAUAACAUUAAACUUCCAGAGGAGAUUAGAUUAGUCUAGAGGAUUUCCACCUUUAGAAAAUGCUGCAAAAGCUUUUUUAUGAAAAGCUUUUCCACCGAAACCAAAGUGACAUUCACACCAUCAACGAUUAUACAUAAGCUGACAAAGAGAAAAUCCAAAGGAGAAAACUCUGGCUCCACUGAAAUCAAUGCCAAAACUCCCGUUGACUUCAGUGGUGCUAGGCUUUCGCCUGGAUACUUCAAGAAGUCCACUGGGGGCUCUGUUCUUGCUAUUCUACUUUAGGUGGAAGGUGCCCAGGUACAAAGCUAAUGGGCAACAGUACAACUCUAAAAUAGAUGGUAAUGGUGUUACUAGUUUCUUUUGGAUCAUUGCGAUAAACUGCUACAGGAUUUUUAUGUUACCUUAAUCUGUAUAUUCAGGGUUUCUCAUGUUUUAUUAUUGAGAGAGGAAAAAAAACACUAUAUAGGCCUAUAGGCCUUCAUAACGAACAGCUGUUCUGCCUCAUUCUGGUGCUUUAAAUGAAUUUGUUUACCAGUGCUCCAAACUGCAUUUCACAAAGGCACUAAAUCCAUUAGAUGGUAUUUUUCUAUAUUGAAGGCAGUUUGUGUGCAUCUGAGACAGAUAACUGACACCUAUUUAAUAAAACAGCUAUUAAUAAUAAAUUAAUAAUAAUUAAUAAAACUAAGGACCUAUUUCCAGAAACCGAUACAACUGUGUGUAUAGUUAUUGUCAGUGGGACUCUGCUGUAUUAACUAUACUUGUGAGGGUACUGCUUUGCAGAUUUGGGCCUUCAGAUUUAACUUUAAUCACGUUGUUAAAUAAAAAUAAAUACAUUUCAGAAGACCGAGAAACUUGACAGAUUUUUCUAAUUUGGUAACUCUUGCAUUGCAUCUUGAAACUUCAGCUCUGGCAUUACCAGAGCUGGAAAUUAGAGUUAUACAACACUUGAUGCAGGACUUCUUUAAACAUUUGGGGUCAUAUUGUGUCACCAGUUUUUAAGUUGCAGAACUACCUAAUGAAAUCAUUUGGGAACUCUGCUUAAAAAAAAAAUCAAUGGCAUAAUUUAUCGCUCCUUGGUAAGAGGAAUGUACACAGAAUUCUACUGAGGAAAAGAAAAAGUAGCUUCUUUUCCCCCCAGAAUCCUGCACAAAUUAAUCCACUAGGAAAGCAGCAAGAGAAUCCAAAGGAGUGGAAGAAAGAAAACAUUUGAAACCUUUUUUUUUUUUUUUUUUUUUUUUUUUUUUUAAAUGUGUCUGUAAGGAAUAAUUUUCACUUUCAUGAGUCUAACUACCUCCACUUUUACCCAUCUUGUCUCUUAUUUACUCUUAGUGAAGUGAUUUGAGUGUUUAAGAGAAUUCUCAGUUUUAUGAGGAAUAUUGCCAAUGCGACCUAAACAGUUUGAAGAUUGUUUAAAUGGAAAGACUUUUUUAAAAAAAAAAAAGUGAACUCAUGUUUUGUGCAGCUACAUUAUGUACAGUUACUACUGCAUCUUACUGGGCAUGUUAAUUAGAUUAUGGGGGAAAUUACUGACUUAAAGGGAAAAUCAGUAAUUCUAAAAGAUUUUCAGAGUAGGUUUAUUACCGUUAAGUAUUAAAGUGAAAGGAGGGAUCAGGGAGCACAUCUGAAGGGAGCUAGGAUGUAAAUUUGCACCCUGUGGUGGUUACAGUAUUUUUCCAAGAAAACUAGAUUUAUAGGAAUGUCUGAUGUACCACAAUAACAUGUACUUAAUGAGAAAUUCAUCUUUAAUAUUUAGAAAGAAAUCUUUGUCAUCUUUUCCGGCUGGUGUUUAGAAAGGAUUUGGUCCAGUUGUUGAUGCUUUUCCCCCCAACCUAUUGGAACACUGAGGAGGAUGAGCUCAGGAAGAAUAGUGCACAGGGAAGAAAUUUGAGUCACUUGUGCUUGGCUUCCUUAGACUAGUUGUGUUCUUUUGAAACAUGUACGAUAUGAUUUUCAAAAGUGCUCCUACAUCCUUAUAUAGGACAGGAAUAGCUUAAUAGUUGCUUUUGAAAAUCACACCCAUAUUGUACUAAUGCACCUGGCAGUGGCAAAUUCUGCUCAUGUUAGCUUAAUGGUUCAAGGUAAUUUCUGUGGUUGCAUACCAACUACAGAGGAAGAAUGAAGUGACGUUGAUCUGGGAACCAAAUAUUCAAUGGCAGACUGCAACUAUAGUGAAUUUGAAAGAGGCUGGACGCAUAUCAUGGGGCGAGAGUUGAACAAUACCUUUUUAGAGCAAGUUUGACUGUAGGAAUGUAGUGUGAAUUUGUUUUGUAGCUGUGGUCUGAAUCUCCACCAAGUCUUGUGAAUUUGAACUGAUCUAUGGAAGUGACGUUUGUUAGGCUCUGCUUAUUAACAACUUCAUGAUAUUUUGUAUGGUCACUUGUUACCAAUGUCACUGAAGUUCUACACUGCCAUCUAAAUAAGGAUCAGGACUCCUAUCCGUAAGUACAGAAUCAAACAGUGAAACUUCCCGCAGAGCAGAAGGCUCAGCCAAGUCUGUACACACCACUUACGUUCCUAAUGUGUUUAAGUGAUGAAUAGUCUUUGCACUAAAGUGAAUGUCGCACAGAGAAAUCAGAAAGGGAAAAGGCUUGAAGUAAUCAUGUCCAUUACAGGGCUGGUGCACGAUUACAGUUCAAAUUUCCAUUGUGGCUGGGGAGUAUCCUUCUUGAGUGACUGGUUACUUUUAAAUGUUUGUUAUUAAAUUGGUAUUCUGGUGUCAGUAGUAUGGUGAACAGUAUUUGCAAACAUAAGCUAUGCUUGUCUGCUUAGUGAUAGCUAGUAGGCGUAAAGUUUUUCAAUCACUACUCGUGGACUGAUUGAGUUUCCACUCAUUGUUUUGACUUCAUUUUUUUCUAUAAAAUGAAAUUGCGACUUGUUUCUCUUUUGUCUGUAUUUUUUUCCCCACGGUGACUGAAUAUAUUCUUUUCACAUGAGAAUGUUGUUUAGUUGCAAGUUGUCAUCUCAUUUUGUUUCAAGAAAAACUCAAGAGAGUGGUUAUUUGUUAGAGAGCUGAGUACGUAUUUACUAAAUGUGUAGACAAUGAAUUUUCAAAAAGUGUGUUGACAUAUAGUUGCCAGUGUCCAGUGGGAAUCUACUGAGGUGAACAAUAAAGUGGUAGAGUGUCCACUUAGAUGAUGUGGGAAAUUCAAGUAGGGUUUUUCUGUAAGAGGCAUUGGUGUAGUCAGAGUGAGCUUUGGGGUGGAUUUUUCCCUUGAACAACAGAUCUUUUCUCAGUGUCAAUUAGGAAGGGCUGGUAGGUAGAGACCUACCUCUUGUCUCUACUGGACACGCUGUAAUAAUGACAAGGAUAUAGAGGUAAAUGACUGGCAUAAAGAGCUCCUGCUAUCCAUUCUUGACACAGAUUGGACGAGCAAUUAAUGGGGUUUUGAAAGGCUAUAUUAAAAUAAAGCUCUCAAGGAGCUAUUGAUGUGAGAGAGUCCCCCUUUCACUUAAAGGGGACAUCUUUAUUUAAUUAAAACCUGCUCAUCGGUCUCUCCCCUCACAUGUUUAUGAUCAAAAGAGUUAAUCCCAGCUAGAAUCAGAGUAAUUCUCACUUGCAGUGUAACUAUCAAUUGUGUGGCUUAAUAAUUUGGAUCUGGUGUGGGUGGGCCACAAGCGGAGAACACUUCAGGUCAUUUCCCCAGUACCAUAGUAAUAGGAGUGUGUAGAUCUAUCCCUGAAAUAUCUCUUGCAUCCAUUUCCUAACAUCAUGCCUGAUGCCUUUCAAUUCGGAUAUUCUUGGAAAGUAGCAAGACUGUUUAACCUCAUGCCAGGGCAGUCCCUCCUGUAUUUUGCUGUGAAUUUUACAUCUAUUUUUGUUUUGCAAAGCUGGAACAUAAAAAUACCUAAUUCUUAUUUCCACUGGUAUUCUGUUAAGUAAUAGGAACUUGUAUCGUUAAUAGUGGUUGGUAUUAUUUACAAGCCUCAGGCAGGGCUGCCGUUAGGGUGCAGCAAGCAAGGCAAUUGCCCUGGGGCCCCACUCCACAGGGGACCCUGUGUGGCAGGGCUUGGGCUUCAACCCUCUGGGGCUUGGGCUUCAGCUUCAGCCCUGUGCGGCAGGGCUCAGGCUUUGGCUUCAGAAAUGUUGCAGAAAUCCAAUGUGUGAGCAGAUAAGGGAGGUGGGCUAGGGCCCACUCCUUAGUUUCUCCCAGGGCUCCAGUGAGUCUAAUAUCUUUCCUUAGGCCAGGAAUGGUGUUGGUUCAGUAGAAAAAUGUCUGCAAUGUGCCUGUUUUUUUUUUUUUUUUUUUUUUUUAACAGAUCUGAUUAUCUGGUCAAUUCCUCUACUGGGGAUAAAUUAUAACUUCAGCUAUCUCGAAUUCUUGUGAUAUUUUUUUUGGCCAAUAACAUCAAUGAGAAGAUGGUCAGCAAAUAGAAAAAUCUUCUCAUUGAUUUUUAACUUUUGUUUUUGCAUUUGUGUGAAAGUAUUUUACCUCAGUUUUAUCAAAUAAAUACAUAAAACAGUUUGCUUGGGUCUAUUUUUUUUCUUCUGUGGUGUAUCUGGGGUAUUAUAAAUGGCGGUCAUUUAAAAAAUAUCCCUCCAAAACUAGUUAUUUUCUUAUGUCUUCUGAAUUUUCAGUACAUUAGAAAUUCAGACUGCUUCAUGUGAACUUUUUUUCCCCACCUGUCUUUGCUGACCAAUAAAUGGGUAACUUUCUUAAAGGUUUUAAUUGAAAAUGGUGACACAAGCAUUUCAUCACAUCAUCUCUGAUCCACUCCAACAUCAACUUUUAAUUGGGUUGUAUAACAUGGCCAUAAAUUUAGCCACUUUGUGCCAAGGUCAUUAAUAAAAAAUGUUGAAUAAGACCGGUCCCAAGACUGAUCCCUGAGGAACUC